GGAGCUCUUAUAAAUAGCGGUCAUUUUUAAGAGGCAGUCACUCAUCUCGUCUUCUACGUUCGAUUCGCAGGCUUACCAUCAGACAAGUAACCUACCAUGGCACGCACCAAGCAGACGGCUCGCAAAUCUACCGGAGGAAAGGCUCCCAGAAAGCAGUUGGCAACCAAGGCGGCCAGGAAGAGUGCCCCAGCCACAGGGGGAGUUAAAAAGCCACAUAGAUACAGGCCUGGAACUGUCGCCCUGAGAGAGAUUCGCCGCUACCAGAAGAGCACCGAGCUUUUGAUCCGCAAACUCCCAUUCCAGCGUCUAGUGAGGGAGAUUGCCCAGGACUUCAAAACAGAGCUCCGCUUCCAGAGUUCCGCCGUGAUGGCCCUUCAAGAAGCUAGCGAAGCCUAUCUGGUCGGGCUAUUUGAAGACACCAACCUGUGCGCCAUCCAUGCUAAGAGGGUUACCAUCAUGCCGAAAGAUAUCCAGCUGGCCCGUCGAAUCCGUGGAGAACGCGCCUAGAGCGCCAAUGCACUACAGCCUGUAGGGCAUAUAGCCAAACGGCUCUUUUCAGAGCCAC